AUGGCACACCAUGCAGAAAUAUACGUUCAUUUGAACCAACAUGCAAUAAGAGCACAAAAGUUGAAUAUUUUUUUUACCUACAUUCAUACAUAUUUACGUGAUAUGGACCCACAUCGGUUUUACGGAGGUAUCCAUACUACUAUCCAAAAUUUUCCCGACAACAGCAGUGACGAAGAUCUAUCGGAUGAUGAGCACGAGGUAAACAAAAAUCUUCCGGCUCUAUAUAUUCCAGAGUCUGAUGAAUCCGAUUGGGAAUUAGAGGAUAAUAUUCCUCUAUCCCAGAUGAUACCUCCCUCAAGUAGAAGUGCGAGAGCUGAAAAACCCCGAUGGCGGGAUGGGUUUUUGGAAAAAGGUGAACAUGAAACCGCAUUCACAGGUGAUACGACAUUACCUGAGGAAAUAAGGAGCUUGGAUACGCCAGUACAAUUCUACAAGUACUUGUUUACAGACGAAAUGUUCAAAUAUAUAGAGCAAGAAACUAUCCGAUACUCCUGUGAAAAACGUCCCGAAAAGAUUGCCCAUAUUACAGCAAUGGAACUUGAACAGUUUGUUAUAAUAUGCCUGUACAUGUCCAUCGUACAGUUACCAUCAACUAGGUUUUAUUGGAAUGAAAGCCUAGGUUACCCAAAAAUUAACUCUGUAAUGGCAUGUAACCGCUUCGAAGAAAUAAAAAGAUUCAUACAUUUCAACACCAAUGUACCCAAAGGACAACCAGGACAUGAUCCCCUUCACAAAAUAACACCAUUCUUGGACCAAACAAGGCAGAGACUCCUUAAUGUGCCUAGAGAAGAGUAUAUGGCAGUAGAUGAACAAAUCAUACCAAUCAAAAGCAGAUCAUCUAUGCGGCAAUACAACCCAAAAAAACCACACAAAUGGGGAUAUAAAAAGUUUGUUCUCAGUGGUAGCUCUGGAUUCAGCUACGACUUUGAACUUUAUACUGGAGCCCAAGGACAUGUAAAGUUGGUAACCGAUUUGCCAAAGAUUAGUACAUCCAGUGACGGAUUCAACUACAAAUUAUUCUUUGACACGUCCUUACCGCUGUUGACUUAUCUUGCAAAGAAAGCGAUUUUACCGCUAGGAACAAUAAAAGCUAAUUGGAUUCCGGGAUAUAAAGUUCCUGCCGAAAAGGAAUUGAAAAAAAGGAAGAGGUGCAACUGUGGAAAAACUGGUGACAAUUGA